AUGGGUCAGCAACUGCGAAGAGCCGUUGGGAGAGUCAAAGAAGUUGAAAAGUUUCCAUCUUCAUCAAGGCUCCCCCUCGAUCGGAGAUCUCUUCCUAAGGAAGAACUUAGCGCCGUGAAAUCUCCGUCUACCGCCACCGUUAACGUUGUUUCUGAUGAAGCACGAGGAAGCAGUGAUGAUACGAGUGUUUUGGAAGAAAGAGACCCAAAGUACGAUACAAUGUUGAACCAAAUGGUUGGGAGAAUAAAGGCUAAACCUGGAGGCAAAGCUGAGAUGGGCGAGGCAUCGGUGGUAGAAACGUCGAAAAGACCACUCCCAAAGCUCCGGAACACAACUCCUGAAUCAACAAGGUACGAGGAAAAACCAGUGCCGCAAGGAACAUUGAACGUGGCUCAAGUAAGACACAUCAUGCUUCUCUAUCAAGGCAAAGCUCAGGAUCACAACGGUCCAAUGAGUGUGAACGAGAUAGCCAAAAACUACAGGAUUGACGUCUCUCAGGUGCAGAAAAUCACCCAGUUCCUAUCUUUGCCACCAGAGAUUACUGAUAAGCAGAAGAAACGAUACGAAUAA